AUGUGUCAAGGUUUUCUUCCAAUGUUGGUUUUUCUUGGUUUAAUUCUUACAUCAACAUUGGUUCAUGGCCAAGAUGAUCAAUCAGGCUUCAUAAGCAUAGAUUGUGGGAUUGUUGAAGGGUCGACUUACACCGAUAACGUAACAGGCAUAAACUACGUAUCGGAUACCGACUUCAUAGACAGUGGCCAAAUCCAUAACAUAUUGCCGAUAUACAACUCGUUCACGGUAGAUACACAGCUUACUACGCUCACUAGUUUUCCUCAAAACACUAGAAACUGCUACACCCUCAAACCAACCCAAGGAAAGGGUAAUCGGUAUCUGAUACGGGCAAGGUUUAUGUACGGGAAUUAUGACUUUAACUGGCAACUUCCGGAAUUUGAUGUCUAUCUUGGACCUGAUUACUGGGAUACGAUGAAAUUUAAUUCGUCAUCUAAACCGGUAAGCAUGGAGAUUAUACAUGUGCCAUCAUCAGAUUACAUACAUGUUUGUCUUGUAAACACAGGUCGGGGAACGCCGUUUAUAUCAGCGAUAGAACUACGGCUUCUAGCGAGCAACAUGUAUAAAGAAACCGAUUUCGGAUCAUUAUACCUUUUUGCACGCGUAAAUUUUGGAAGUGCAUUUGGAACAAUCAGGUAUAAAGCCGAUGAGUAUGAUCGCCUAUGGAGUCCAAUUAACUGGCCUAAUAGUACUUUCUUAUACACACUAGACAAAGUUUCUACAGGGCUUUUCACAACCAUUGAUCCACCAUCAGAGGUUAUGAGUACAGCCAUUACGCCAAGAUACCCGAAGGAUUCAUUUAACAUAGCGUGGAAUCCCGAUAACACCACCGAUAAGUUCUUCAUGUACAUGCAUUUUGCAGAAAUUGAAAUACUGAAACAAAACCAGACAAGAGAAUUCAACAUUUACCUGAAUGGGAACCUCUCCUAUGGACCUUUCUCUCCGCUAAAUCAUACGACCACGACCAUUUAUAGCACAGAACCUGAGAUCGUAGCACCCUCGUAUACACUAGCGAUAAACAAAACAAAGAAUUCAACCCUUCCUCCCAUCAUCAACGCUCUCGAGCUUUAUACUUUAAAGCACCUACCACAAAGGCAGACAGAUGAUCAAGAUGCCACUGCAAUGUGGAGCAUUAAGUCAAGUUACAUCAUAAGAAAGAACUGGCAAGGAGAUCCAUGUGCUCCACAGGAAUUUGUUUGGGAUGGUGUCCGAUGCAGCUACAAUGAUACCGGGUCUCCUAGGAUUGUAUCCUUGAACUUGUCGACCAGCGGAUUGAACGGAGAAAUAGAUCCUGGAUUAGCUAAUCUCACAAUGAUGCAUACCUUGGAUUUGUCAAACAAUAAUCUAACAGGAGCUGUGCCUAGUUUUCUUUCUGGAAUGAAUUUCCUGAAGGUCCUCAACUUAAAAGGAAACAACUUCAUUGGGACGAUUCCAGCCGGGCUCCUGGCGAAGGCAAACAAGGGAUCAUUGACAUUGAGUUUCGAUGGCGAGAGCACAGGGGAUACUCUAAGUUCAUGUGGCACAAAUCGCUGUAAAAGAAACAGGGAUAGCAAAAUCAUUGUUCCAGUAGUAGCAACAGUUGCUUCACUCUUUGUGAUCUUGAUUGCACUCACCGCCAUAUGGAUGAUUAGAAAACAAAUGGCAAGCGGCUCGGGGCUGGAAAUAAGAAAACAACAGUAUACAUACUCAGAGGUACAGAGCUUUACUGACAACUUCAGUGUUGUUAUUGGGAAAGGAGGAUUCGGAACAGUUUACCAUGGGUAUAUUGAUGAUACUGAAGUUGCUGUCAAGAUGCUUUCCGAAUCAUCACUCCAGGGGGACAAGGAAUUUCAGGCUGAGGCCUAUCUUCUCCUGAGUGUUCAUCACAAAAACCUCACUUCUCUCGUUGGGUACUGCAACGAAGGAAACCACAAGGCGAUCAUCUACGAGUACAUGGCUAAUGGGAACUUAGAAAAGCAUCUUUUCGAUACGGGUUCAAGUGUCUUGAAUUGGGAAGAAAGACUACUAAUAGGAUGCGAUGCAGCACAUGGGCUAGAGUACCUGCAUCAUGGUUGCAAGCCACCAAUAGUCCAUAGAGAUGUCAAGUGUACCAACAUCUUACUGAAUGGAACAUUUCAGGCAAAACUAGCAGACUUCGGGCUGUCCAAAGCUUUUCCAUCAGAAGGUGGUAGCCAUAUUUCAACAGCAGUUGCUGGCACUCCUGGGUACCUUGACCCUGAAUAUUACACGUCAAACUGGUUAACCGAGAAAAGUGAUGUUUAUAGCUUUGGGGUUGUGCUUCUAGUGAUAAUUACAGGCCAACCAGCAAUAACCAAAUAUGACAAGGACAACAUGCACAUAAGUCGAUGGGUUAAUUUAAUGCUGGCAGACGGGAAUGUGAAGAAUAUUGUUGAUCCUAGGCUGCUGGGAGAUUUUGACAUCAAUUCAGCAUGGAAGGCAGUAGAAUUGGCAAUGGCCUGUGUUGCACGCACACCCAGCAGAAGACCAACCAUGAACGAAGUGGUGAUGGAGCUAAAUGAUUGUCUGGUGAUAGAAAGAGCUCGUCAGGAGACACAAUCAAAAACUUUAACUGGUCUCAUGUCUCUUAAUCUGGAAAGUACACAUGAUCCGAACCCAAGAUAGUGAACUAAAAAAACACAAUUUUUGUGAUAUUUGUCUAAUGCUUUAUUUGUCUAUUGUGUUUCUUGGUUUUAGAUGUGGUCGCUUUCUAGAAUGAGAUAUAAG